UGGGACCUGCAUCUACAGUCAGCUCAUCUACGUCACUGCUGUCUGCGACAAACCGUAGUGUAAGCUUUCAUUGAACCAUCAGCUGAUGCUACACCUUUUCAGCACCGCGGACAGCUCCGUUCUGCAGACCGAGCAGAUGGCGACGGCUAUAAAAAGCCCGCAUGGAGCAUCUCUGCACCGGACAUUCACCACCACCACAGCCUGAGCCACAGCAUGGACACCAGAUUCGUCUUCCCGCACAGAAACACUCCAGAUGAGUAUCUACAAUACAAGCCCAAACGCUCCGCAUUAGACACCAGCGUCGCGUCCACGGGCAUGAAUCUGACCAAGCCGCUAUCUGGAAAGUUUAAUGAGAAAGAACUGAUGCAUGGCUUGAAUUAUCGUCUCGCAGGAUUCAUAGAGAAGGUGCACCAUCUGGAGUACCAGAACCAGCUGCUGGAGAAGGAGAUAGGGCAGAUCAGGGGCAAAGCGAAGCCCGCAUCCUGUUUGGAGGAGGAGUAUGGACCGGAGCUGAGGAAGCUGAGACAGCUGGUUCAAGACAUCACUCAUCAGAAGCACCAGAUUGAAAUCGAGCAUCAGAAUCUAGAGGAAGAGCUGUCCAAGCUGAGGGGACAGUAUGAUCAGGAGGCGCGGAGCAGAUCGGACGCAGAGAGCAGGAUUGUGGUCCUCAAGAAGGACAUCAGUGACGCGUAUCAGGCGAAACUGCAGUUGGACAAGAAAGCCCAAACCCUCGUGGAUGAAAUCCACUUCCUAAAGAGGAACCAUGAAGCAGAGGUGUCAGAGAUGUGUGACCACAUCCAGGAUGCGCAGGUGACUGUCAGGGCGCAUGAAUUUGGCAACCCAGGCGUCACUGCGGCACUUCGGGACAUAAGGGCACAACUGGAAGGUCAUACCGUCUCUGACGUCCAGCAGAUGGGAGAAACUUUCCGAUCUCAGUUUGCAAGAUUAACGGAGGCAGCUGAGAUCAAGAGAGAGGCGUUAAAAGCGACCCAGCAGGAGAUCCAGGAGUACAGGAGGCGUCUGCAGGCCAAGAACAUCGAGCUGGACUGCGCUAAAGGCACCAGGGAAGCGCUGGAGAAGCAACUCCAUGACGUGGAGGAUCGCCACAAGGAGGAAAUGAUUCAUUACCAGAACACCAUCAAAGAACUUGAGAAUGAGCUCAUAAAUUGCAAAUUUGACAUGUCUGCAUACCUGCGGGAAUACCAGGACCUGUUAAAUGUGAAAAUGGCCUUGGACGUGGAGAUAAUGUCUUACAGGAAACUCCUCUGUGGCGAGGAGGCUCGGCUCUCCACCAUGUCAGAAACCCAAAUCUCCCUGCCCUACAUCUAUCACCAGUCCCCCGUUUACACCCUGCCUUGCCUCAGCCGCCCGGGAGGCCCGCACAGACGAGCUGAGCCGCAGUACAAGUUCGUAGAGGAGAUCAUAACCGAGACCACGAGAGAAAUUGAGAUGUCAGAGUUUGAGGAGACGGGAUCGGAGGAGACAGAGGUGGAAAAAGACGAGCAGGAGUGUACCAAAAGAGAUAAAGGGGGCAGUGAGGAAGAGAGUGAUAAUAAAGACAGUCGAGAGGAGGAAGGUGAGCAGGUGUCUGAUAGUGAGCCGAAUCAAGUAGCAUCAGCAGAAAAUGUAGUGAAUGGAGGUGACGAUGGUGGAAAAGGUCAAGAAAGUAAAGAGGAGAUUGAGGCAGUUGACGAUGAAGGGGACAGUGGCAUAGAUAAAAAUACCCAAAGUGAAGCUUUGUUAAGCGAGAGCCUUGAUGAGGAAGGAAAGGAACAUCAGAGAGUAGCUGAAAAAGAAGAGAAAGAAGCUGCAGAGACAGUGGUAACAGUUCAGAAUGAUCUAUCUUCAAAGCCAGAGGUCCCUGCGGAGGAUGAACCUCUGAAAAAAUCUGAUGAUGGUAAAAAAGGAGAUGCCUAGAAAGAUAGUUUUAUCCCAGCUCAAGCGAAGGAGCCCGUUGACGAGCCCUCAGCCCAGGUGUCCAAAGAAUCAGACAAGCCUCGAGAGCUAAGCAGCGUUCAAGUGCAAGAUAAGGUUACCAUUUCAGAAACAGCUGAGACAACCGCAGAUUUUACAGGAGAGCAAAAAAGCAAUCUGUCCGCAGAGACGGGGCAGCUUUCAGAAGGGGCUCAAGUGUCUUCAAGUACAAACCCCAAGAGCGAGGCAAAGGAAAACAGUCAUACAGAGUCAAAGGAAAUCAGUAAAUCUGAAGCCGCGAAAGGUGAGGAUAAAGUAGCAGAAAGCGUUGAAGAUGUCAGCAAUAAAGGUCAAGAUAAAGAGUCUUCUCUUAAAUCUGACGUGACGAGUCUUCCUGACGUGCAGGAUCAGAAGCCAAACAGUGGGGAUGAAACCCAAACUGUCCAAACUGCGUUGCCAAGGGAGAAGACAGCUGUCAAUGCAGAAAUCAAAGAGUUGCAUCAGGGGGCACCGGAAGGAAGCCAGGCUGAGAAAUCAAAGCUGUCUGAAGUUUCAGAGAAAAUAAAAGAACCUCAAGGUAAAACUGAGAAAGUGGAGAGCAGAAAGUUGGAUAAAUAAAUGCACCAAAAGUCAUAGGGAAUAACUGCUGAGGUAGAGGAAGUGAGGAUUAAACACAUUUCCACCUUAAAUCUAUCAAGGCAGCAGUUGAUAGGCGAAUAUCAGGGACAGUGAAGCUAAAAUCGCUUAAAAUGCAAAUGCAAAAGGCACAAGCUGAGCCAAGCAAAAAAAGGGACGCUGUGACUCCUCUUCAGAAUGGCUGUUUUAAAAUGAGAGAGCAUGAUUCUUGUGUGUUUGACAGCUUCGCCUUUGAACUUUUCAUGUGAUGCAUUCAAAUAUUUUGUCUCGCCGCUCAACUUAUGUCAUUAUGAAUGUAAAAGAUUCAAAGCUACAUUUGAAAUUGUGUCUGCUUUGGUAUGUACUGACAAAUAAAUGCA